UUAUCCUUAGCCACACCAAAUCUCUCUGGAACUGCCUCUACAUGUUUCUUCUUCCGUUCCAAACAUAUGUGCAUACUUAUGGCGGUUCCAGCCGUGAACACCUUCUCAAUCUUCCGCUAUAUGUCGUCGCCUCCACUUGCUUCCAUCCGUUGUCAUCUCUGUCAACUCCCAGCUCUACAAUGUCGAAGAAUCACCAAAUCCGUUUACAAUAUCCCAAAUUCACAGCUGCAAAGUUUAAAUUUCCAUGCUGUGACUCGAAAUUAUUCCGGUCAAAGUCUUGUUCAUACUGUUAUGGAGGAGCUCCAGAACAUGCGGAAGCGGAAGAAAGUUCGCGCCAGCAAUAACAUGGGGUUAACAAGCAAUGGGCAGCUUCUUGAAGAUAAGCUUGAGAGAAGGGAACUAAAAAAAGGUUUCCUUUUGGAAUUCAAAAAAGAUUCUGAUAGAUUAUUGCUAGCUGUUGCCCAAAAGCCUGAUGGAAAGAAGAACUGGAUGGUUGCUGACCAGCAUGGUGUUACAACUUCCAUUAAACCACAGCAAAUAACUUUUAUUGUUCCUGGUGUUGAGAAUUUUGACCAUGCAGAGAUAUGUGAUUUCAUACAGAAAGCUCAAGAUAAUUUGGAUCCUUCAUUGCUUGAAUUUGCUUGGAUUGAGCUUCUAGAAAAUAGCAAGUCAGUGACAGUUGUAGAGUUAGCCAAGAUGAUCUUUGGUAGUAUGGAGCCUCUUGAAAGCUAUUGCACCCAUCUCUUACUUUCAAAGGAUGAAAUUUACUUCACAGUGCUGGAGAGUAGAGGUCCUUGUUCUGUUUAUGCUCCCAGGACAGCACUGCAGGUGGAAGAACAUAAACACAGGAAGCUUUUAAAGGAGGCUGCAGAUAAGGAGUUUGAUGAGUUUGUGAUGUUACUAAAAUCAGCCAAGUCAAUGCCGCCAUCUGCAAAGCCCAGUAAAACUUCAUGGAAAACCGACCAUAAAAUUCAUCAAAGGAUCAAUUCACUUGAAGCUUAUGCUAUAGAUGCCUGCAAAAAUGAUGAUCAAAAGACCGCUGGAAUGAUCCUGAAGGCGAUGGGGCUGGCAAAGACAUCAUCUUCGGCAGUCGACCUUCUUGUCAACAUUGGGUAUUUCCCUGUUCACGUCAAUCUGGAGCUGUUGAAACUCAACAUUCAUACUCACCACUCAGAUGAAGAUAUAUUAGCAGCUGAAAGUCUUCUUUUAGAGUCUAUUGAUCUGGAUGAAGCUGACAGAAUUGAUCUCACUCACCUGAAAGUUUAUGCAAUUGACGUUGAUGAGGCUGAUGAGCUGGAUGACGCACUAAGUGCAAGACGGAUGGAAGAUGGCCGGAUUCAAGUCUGGAUACAUGUGGCAGAUCCAACUAGCUUAGUUCAACCUGGUAGCAAACUAGACAGAGAGGCUUUGAGAAGAGGAACAUCUGUCUUCCUUCCUACUGCCACUUAUCCAAUGUUCCCUGAGAAACUUGCAAUGGAAGGAAUGAGCUUGAAGCAGGGAAUGCGAUGCAGAGCCGUAACUGUAUCUGUUGUAUUACAUUCCGAUGGCAGUAUUGCAGAAAUUUCAGUGGAGAAUUCUAUUAUUAAACCGACAUACAUGCUGACAUACCAUAGUGCAACUGAACUGCUUUAUCUGAACUUAGAGGAGGAGGGUGAACUGAAGAUUUUAGAAGAGGCUGCAUCUCUCCGGUUUCAUUGGCGUCAACAACAGGGAGCAAUUGACACAACGACAAUAGAGACACGGAUUAAAGUGGCUAAUCCUGAUGACCCUAUGCCCUCCAUCAAUCUAUAUGUUGAAAAUCAGGCUGAACCUGCAAUGCGACUUGUCUCGGAGAUGAUGAUACUUUGUGGAGAAGCUAUAGCCACUUAUGGUUCUUCUAAUAACAUUCCUUUGCCGUUUAGGGGACAACCCCAAUCAAAUAUUGAUGUAUCUGCAUUUGCUCACCUGCCUGAAGGGCCUGUUAGAAGUUCAGCUAUUGUUAGGGUAAUGCGUGCAGCUGAGAUGGAUUUUCGGAAGCCUGUCCGCCAUGGAGUUUUGGGGCUUCCUGGUUAUGUCCAGUUUACUUCUCCCAUUAGACGAUACAUGGAUCUUCUGGCACAUUAUCAGGUGAAGGCAUUUCUUAGAAGUGACUCUUUGCCUUUUUCAUCUGGUCAGCUUGAAGGAAUGGCAUCAAUUGUGAACAUGAAUGUUAGAAUCAAAAAGAAAUUGGGCAACAUCAGUCUAAGGUAUUGGGUAUUAGAGUACUUGAGGAGACAACCAAAAGAGGCAAAGUUUCAUGCUUUGGUCCUUAGAUUCAUCAAAGACAAAACAGCUUCUUUGUUGAUAAUGGAGGUUGGCAUUCAAGCUUCUGCGUGGGUUUCUACCGGAGUCCAAAUCGGCGAUGAAGUGGAAGUUAAGAUUGUAGAAGCUCAUCCACGGGAUGAUAUCCUCACUUUAAAGGCACUUGACCAAAAUAUUUAGUUUCCAUAAAACCUCUACUCAACUAUGAUGAAGGAGGAAAACCAGCAUUUACCAGAUCACCAAUUGCAAAGACAACACACUAAUCUCUAAUCUCUGGUGAGUGCUUAUUAUUGACUGGAUUUCCAGAAUUAAAGCAAAUCAAUCACAUGAGAAAUGGAUCAUUGAGUAGACAUAUGAUUAAUCAAGCUGUUUACAUAUUGAAAUGGUUCCUUGUAGACAAAUUUUAAAUGUACGAAAAUUUUAAUAUUUGUACAUGAUACAUAUAUAUUACUACUUUUUGUGUU